GCGCCUGAGAGAUGCGCGAUCCUGCUAGCUCAUUGUUUUGACAGAUGGAGGAUUUUAAAGAGAAUGAAAACUAAAAGCCCGUGCGGGACAAUGUCACAAUGUGUCGCUCUCGGUUGUACUUAUGAGUCUCGAGGUGAGAAAGGAAGCGUCAUUAGUCUUCACGUGUUUCCUAAAGACAUGAAGCUGAGGAUUAUUUGGGCGAAUGCUUGUGGUCGGAUUCAUUUUCCCAACGACGCGCGGCUCUGCUCUCAGCACUUCGCCCCCGAUGCUUUUAUUCGACCACAGCUGAUGGAGGAAAUUUUUACUGCUGGGUAUAAGCGAAGACUCAGACCUGAUGCUUUGCCGACGAUUUUCUCCCACAACACGCCCAUAUGUCCGGGAAAAAGAGGCGCUCAACGGGAUAAGCGACCCGUCGGUGUGCAGUGCUGUCCGGAGAAGACUGACGCAGCCACUCAGACGGAGAAAGCGCACAUAUCAAAUGCAGCGGUGCAGUGCCCAGAGGAUGUGAACUAUCUGGUGUUUAGGGACCAUACCUAUGCAAAAUCGAUUUCGGUAGACCUGGAGAUACUGUCCAAGUGCAGUCUCCCAACAAAUGAAGAGGCCUUUCACACCGAAUACCUGAAGUACCUUCAAGUGGACGCGCUUCUAAUAUGAAGUACUGAUCCCUGGCAACAUGUGCGCUGCUCUGGAUCAUAACACCGAUCCAAACCGGAUGGUGAGUUAUCAUCUACCCUCCUUGAAAGCUCUGUGCAUCACUGGACAUUGAAUGUCAAACCUCACCUGAAAUGCUCUGAUCUAUUUUCACUACUCUGUUUUAGAGGAAGCUAUUUUUCUGGACGGAAAGAUAGACGGUGAAGCAGAGUAAGAAUUUUGAUGGCACAAAGUCCACAAGAGAUUCAGAGCAAGAACUUUGGCGUAUGAGAAGGACUAUGGCUGCGUCCUCCACGUCAGAAUCAGAGCAUAGCACGGACGAUGGAGAGGACUUGACAUCAAACGCAGAAGUUGUCAUGUUUGAAGUAGAUGUUGACCUCAGAGCUCUUCUUAUGCGUGUUACUUUACUUUUAAGUUCCAGACGAGAGGUCAGUGUUUUCAGAGAUACUCAGUGUUUCAUUCAUGUUGACUUGUGCCUUAGUUAUGCUACCGAUCAAAUGCAUAAAAAUGUUCACUAUUUAUUUUGAUGACAUCAUCCACUUCUGUUUGAUCAGUGUCUACAUCCUAUAACACAGUAUGUUGUUUCAAGCUAGACAUUUGUUUCCUUGUGUCUGGUACAUGAUGUUUAGACUGCAGGGUCUUCUCCCGAGCCUACCAUGAAUCAUUCAUGUAAAUGGACAAUAUGGGAGUUAUCUGUAAGCACUGGAACCGGCACUCUUUAAUGAAUAAAGCACUCUCCAUCUGAAGCAGGAAAGGGUAGUUCAAAUCAGUUUUUGUGGGUUUAGCAUUUGACUCUUCGGGCAGAAGUAACAAAACUUGCUUGAUUUAAAUGAUAAAUGUGAGCUGGCUGUGAAUGAUGAAGUACAGACACAAGGGAUUAUCUUAUUUGAUAACUUGUCACAUUAUUGUUCAGUUCUCAAACUUUGUAUUGCUUAGCUUUGUCAAUUCAGUUCUAUUUUUAGCAACUUUUGUUCCUUCCAUCCUCAAGGACUCAUGCAGGAAAAUGUUGUGAUAGAAAUGAUGAAUGUAAGGCAGGUGAAAUGAGACGUGGCUCUGAUAUCGUCCAAUGACAACUGUUUUGAUCAUAUCGGCUUAAUUUAGAACUUUUUUCAAUUCACAUGUAUUUUCAUCACCUGUUUGUAAAGGACAAAUUGUUACUUCCAACUUCAUAAAGCAAAUGCAUUAAUAUCCAAAUAAAUCAGUCAGAUGUUAAAAUAUUAUGAUGUUAGCUGUUCAUUUAUACUGAUAGUGCUUUUGAGAAUCAAUACAAUAAAAAAAAAAAAGGAGGAUCCUCAAGUCUGUUUCCUCUGUGGUCUCACAAACGAGUCAGACAGCCUGUGUUUGGGUGUAUUACUGACCUUCCUCCUCUCCCUCUCUGCAGCAGUCUGUUCUGUCCCACUCAUCAUGGCCUCCGGAGCUCUCUUCCCCAGCAUGGUGUCUGGGUCUCGCGGCUCCUCCAGUAAGUAUCUGGUGGAGUUUCGCGCUGGCAAGAUGACCAUGAAGGGCAGCACGGUGACCCCCGACAAGCGCAAGGGCCAGGUCUACAUCCAGCAGACCGACGACUCCCUCAUCCACUUCUGCUGGAAGGAUCGGACCACUGGGAACGUGGAUGAUGACCUGAUUAUCUUUCCUGAUGACUGCGAGUUCAAACGGGUGAACCAGUGCACCACCGGGCGGGUCUAUGUGCUGAAGUUCAAGGCAGGCUCCAAAAGACUGUUCUUCUGGAUGCAGGAGCCAAAGACUGACAAAGACGAGGAGGUCUGCCGUAAAGUGAACGAGUACCUCAACAACCCGCCCAUGCCCGGAGCUCUCAGUAGUGGCGGCAGUGGAGGACACGAUCUGUCUGCUCUGGGAGGAGAGGGAGGUCUGCAGAGCCUUCUGGGUAACAUGAGCCAUAACCAGCUCAUGCAGCUAAUUGGACCGACCGGGCUUGGCGGGAUAGGUGGUCUUGGGGCGCUGGCUGGUCCAGGCUUGGCCAACCUCCUGGGCAGCAGCAGUAGCAGCAGCAGCAGCAGCGUUCCUGCAGCCAGUAACUCCUCCACAAGCCCGUCCACAGCCGUCACCCCAACCUCCACCUCUACCACCAGCCGACUCGGCUCCUCCCAGGUGCCCACCACCCCCAUCACUCCCUCUGCCACCUCAGCAGCCUCCCCUACAGCCACCACCCCCUCCACCCCGGCCGUGUCUGCGGCGGGGGGAGCCAAUCCCACGCAGCCGAUCCAGCUGAGAGACCUGCAGAGCAUCCUGGCCACCAUGAACGUGCCGGCCGGAGGACAGGGAGUGGACCUGGCCAGCGUCCUGACUCCUGAGGUCAUGGCUCCCAUCCUGGUGAACCCUGAGGUGCAGCAGAGGUUGAUGCCCUACCUGCCGUCAGGAGAGUCUCUGCCUCAGAGCUCAGAGGAGCUCCAGAACACGCUCAGCUCCCCGCAGUUUCAGCAGGCUAUGAGCAUGUUCAGCAGCGCUCUGGCAUCCGGGCAGUUGGGGCCUCUAAUGAACCAGUUCGGUUUGCCUGCAGAGGCUGUCGACGCGGCCAACAAAGGAGACGUGGAGGCUUUUGCCAAAGCCAUGGAGACGGAGACAAAGUCGGACAACGAGGGAGACUCCAAAGACAAGAAAGACGAUGAUGAAGACAUGAGUUUGGACUGAAAAGUAUCAACAUUCUUAUUUAACAUAUUUAUUUAGGUGCUUUUAUUUUGAAACUAUGAAACACUAAGAAUAAGGAUUAUGGUUACUUUAGUAGAAACUGUCACUAAGACCUUCCUCAGCUGAUAAUGCUGUGUUCAUCCUCCAACAGUGUGUUUAACUAAUAUAUACUGACCUAACACAGUGAACAUGUGUUCAUCCUGCAUGUCAGCGACACACCAGAACAGUAAAGUCAUGGAAAAAUA